UUGGACUGCCAAGAGCUGAAGGAGAGUGGUGAGCAAAGGAAUGAAGGGGAGAGAGAGAGAAACUAAACUGGAAGCUUGAGUUUUGUGUUGCUUCUUGAAACCUUAUGAAUGGAUUACUAGCAGCUGAGAGCCAGGAGAGACCUAUAGGGGAUGCAAGAUCACUUACACACUAAAAGGGGGAGAAGAGAAGGCGGAAUCCUUCUUCCAUGCUGUGUUACCCCCUUCCUGAAAUGAAUGGGACCCACAGGACUCCCAGAAGGUGAAGUCAAAGGCUGUCAGAUUCAUUUGAUUAGGAGAACAGCAGACUGGCAACCAGGAGGAGAACUUUCCAGAGACUUAGAACAUACCAACAAGUUGGAAGGGGAUUUAAAAAAACCUUCAAGCAUCAACAACCACGAACUCCAAGCUGAGGGGAAGAAUCUAACUUCCAAGGGUGGACUAGAAGCUGGAUGGGCACCUGACUGAGGACAUCUGGAAAGAGGAAGUUAAGUACCAGCUUGGAUUUCUGUGCCCCCAGAUUCUUUGUGCAUUUUCCAUCAAUAACCAUCAAAUUUUGUGUCUCUAUGAAAAAGUUUUCCUAGCCAUUUGUUUUAAGGUGAACAUAUUUGGGAUUAAGGGCUACAAAAAGAGAAAGUAAUGUCUAGAGAAAAAAGAAAUGAACAUUAGGGAAUGAGAUUAUUUUGAAUGACUUUGGGUAGCCAGGAGUAUGUGUUUGUGAGUGUGAAUUUGAGAGAAUUGGGCUUAUGACAUAUUGUUCUAGUAUCAGAGAAGGAAAGAGUUAUUGAGGAACAAAGAAAGAAAAAGAAAAAACCUGAGCUUUCUGGGAAGAAAUUCAAAGGAACCAAGAGCAAUUAACUUCAUUCUGCAAGGACUAAAAUAGAGGUAGAAGAGAGGUCAAAGGAGCAGUGUGAGGGAAUCAUACACGGUGGGAGCAGCACGGAAGCCACACUAGCAUAAUUUCCACCACAGGGGGCCAGAAGAGGCACUCUUUUGGGCUACCUGAAAAAGUUUGGUUUGUGAACAGAACAGUUUCCCUGUGACUGCAAGUCCAGUGCUAGCCAUCUCUUUCUGCUCUCUCCAUCACUCUGGUGUGGUACCCAGAAAUCGACUUCUGGCUCUGUGGGAAGAGCUGAGGGAGGCAUGAUGUGUUUAAAGGUCCUGAGACUAAGCCUGGUGAUCCUGGCUGGAUGGCUGUUCAGCACCACCCACUCUGAGCUCGGCUGGACUCCCAAGAAAUCCUUUGCUCAGAAGGGACAUCUGAAGCAGGUGCUGUUGGAAGGUGAACACUGUUGGCUGGGGGCUAAGAUUCAAAGACCCAGAGCUGCUCCCCAGCAUCACCUCUUUGGAGUCUAUCCCAGCAGCACUAGGAACUACCUGAGGCCCUUCUCUGUGGGGGAGCAGGGAGCUCAUUACGCAGGACACAGUAAGCCAGACACUGAGGGAAAGGGUGUGAGCCAUGUCUCCCAAAACCUGCCUGAAAAUACAGCAGAAGUGGGGAGGGAGAGUGAGCAGCCAGCUGCCCCUUGGGGAGGGGAUGGUCCUAUUGGGCAAUCUGAGCUGCCAGGAGAUGAUGACACUUAUCUUGGCAACCAAGGAUCCAAGGAGUCUCUAGGUGAGGCUGCAUUCCGGGAAAGCUCAGCCAGAGCCACCAUUAUCACCACCACCUUUGCACACCUGAAGGAACCUGAAGCAGACACCCAGAGGAAGGGCUGGGCCAAGGCCAGGCUUCCCCGGCAAGUGGUGAUGAGGCAGGCAGAAGAUGUGCCUGGAGACCCCAACAUCUCUUUUCAGCCUUUCCAACACUGGCCUAAAGACCCCCUCACAGACAGGGCUCAAAGCAGCCCAUUGGAGGACAGCAUCCAAAAUGGUGGCGGGAGCCCUGACUGGGAAGCUGAGACCUUUCACCCCCAAGGAGGACUGCCUGUCUUGUACUUCUCUGGGAGGCGGGAGCGGCUGCUGCUGCGUCCAGAACUGCUGGCUGACAUUCCCAGGGAGGCGUUCACAGUGGAAGCCUGGGUGAGACCGGAGGGAGGACAGAACAACCCAGCCAUCAUUGCAGGUGUGUUUGAUAACUGCUCCCACACGGUCAAUGACAAGGGCUGGGCCCUGGGCAUCCGCUCAGGGAAAGACAAGGGAAGGCGAGAUGCUCGCUUCUUUUUCUCCCUCCGAACUGACCGCAUGAAGAAAGCCACCACUAUGACUGGCCAUAGUCACUACCAAGCAGGCACAUGGACACAUGUGGCAGCCACUUAUGAUGGACGGCGCAUGGCCCUGUAUGUGGAUGGCACUCAAGUGGCUAGUAGCCCAGGCCAGUCUGGUCCCCUGAACAGUCCUUUCAUGGCAUCCUGCCGCUCCUUGCUCUUGGGUGGGGAUAGCUCUGAGAAUGGGCACUAUUUCCGUGGACACCUGGGCACACUGGCCUUCUGGUCUACUGCCCUCUCACAAAGCCACCUCCAGCACAGUUUCCAGCAUGGAAGCGGGGCAGAGGAGCUGGCCACCCUGGUCUUAACAGCCAGUUUUGAUCCUUUGAAGGAACAGUGGACACCCUUCAAGGAUGAGAAGUAUCCCCGGCUUGAGGUUCUCCAGGGCUCUGGGCCAAAACCUGAGAUCCUGUCACCACUGCAGCCCCCACUUUGUGGGCAGACAGUUUGUGACAAUGUGGACCUGAUCUCUCAGUACAACAGGCACUGGCCCCUUCGGGGAGAGAAGGUGAUCCGCUACCAGGUGGUGAAUGUCUGUGAUGAUGAGGGCCUGCACCCCACGGUGAGCGAGGAGCAGAUCCAGCGGCAGCACGAGGCCCUGAAUGAGGCCUUCAGCCGCUACAACAUCAGCUGGCAGCUGAGCAUCCGCCGGGUCCUCAACUCCACCCUGCGUCACCGGGUUGUGCUUGUGAACUGUGAGCCCAGCAAGAUUGGAAACGACCACUGUGACCCAGAGUGUGAGCACCCUCUCACGGGCUAUGAUGGGGGUGAUUGUCGCCUUCAGGGCCGCUGCUACUCCUGGAACCGCAGGGAUGGGAUUUGUCAUGCCUCGUGCAACAACAUGCUGAACGACUUCGAUGACGGGGACUGCUGUGACCCAGAGGUGGCGGAUGUGCGCAAGACCUGCUUUGACCCUGACUCCCCCAAGAGGGCAUACAUGAGUGUGAAGGAGCUGAAGGAGGCCUUACAGCUCAACGGUACCCAUUUCCUCAAUGUCUACUUUGCCAGCUCAGUGCGAGAAGACCUUGCAGGUGCUGCCACCUGGCCUUGGGAGAAAGAAGCUGUCAGUCACCUGGGGGGAGUUGUCCUCAACCCAGCCUAUUAUGGCAUGCCGGGUCACAGCAACAUCAUGAUCCACGAGGUGGGGCAUGUCCUGGGCCUCUACCACGUCUUCAAAGGAGUCAGUGAGAGGGACUCCUGCAAUGACCCCUGCAGGGAGAUGGUACCAUCCAUGGAAACAGGAGAUCUCUGUGCCGACACUGCCCCCACGCCGAAGAGUAAGCUGUGCCAGAUUCCAGAACCUGCCAACGACACCUGCGGCAUCACCCACUUCCCAGGGGCUCCAUUCAACAACUACAUGAGCUACACAGAUGAUAACUGCACGGACAGCUUCACCCCUAACCAAGUGGCGAGGAUGCAUUGUUAUUUGGACCUUGUUUAUCAGCAAUGGAGUCAAAGCAGAAAGCCCACCCCCAUUCCUAUCCCACCUGUGGUCAUCGGGCAGACACGCAAGUCCCUCACUAUCCACUGGCUGCCUCCUAUUAGUGGAGUUGUAUAUGACAGGGCUCCAGGCAGCAUGUGUGGCAGCUGCUCUGAAGAUGGGACAUUCCGUCAGUAUGUACACACUGCUUCUUCCAGGCGGGUGUGUGACUCCUCAGGAUACUGGACCCCAGAGGAGGCUGUGGGGCCUCCUGAUGUGGAUCAGCCCUGUGAGCCAAGCCUGCAGGCCUGGAGUCCUGAGCUCCACCUCUACCACAUGAAUAUGACAGUGCCCUGCCCUGCGGAAGGCUGUAGCCUGGAGCUCCUCUUCCAAUACCCAGUCCGAGCUGACACCCUCACCCUCUGGGUCACUUACCUCUCCACGGACUCUUCCCAGGCACUGUUUGACACAGAGAUCAUGCUGGAAAACCAGGAGUCUGUGCACCUGGGCCCCUUAGACACUUUCUGUGACACACCCCUCACCAUCAAACUGCAUGUGGACGGAAAGGUCUCAGGGGCGAAAGUCUACACAUUUGACGAGCGGAUGGAGAUUGAUGCUGCCCUCCUGACUUCCCAGCCCCGCAGUCCUUUGUGUUCUGGCUGCAUGCCUGUGAGGUACCAGGUUGUCCGGGAGCCUCCUUUUGCCAGUGGCUCACCCAUGGUGGUGACACAGCUUCACAGGAAGUUCACAGACAUGGAAGUCACACCUGGACAAAUGUAUCAAUACCAAGUUCAGGCUGAAGCUGGAGCAGAACUAGGAGAACCUUCACCUCCUCUGCACCACAUCCAUGGAGCUCCUUACUGUGGAGAUGGGAAGGUGGAAAAGAGCUUGGGAGAAGAGUGCGAUGACGGAGACCUGCUGGACGCAGAUGGAUGUUCAAGAGCGUGUGCCCUAGAAGAAGGCUUCAACUGUGUGGGGGAGCCAAGCCUUUGUUACAGGUAUCAGGGAGAUGGGAUUUGUGAACCUUUCGAGAAGGAAACUAGCAUCCUAGACUGUGGUCUCCAUACCCCUAAAGGAUACUUGGAUCAGUGGGCUAGCCAGGCUUACUCCUCUCGUGAAGACAAGAAGUGUCCUGUUUCUCUGGUAACUGGAGAGCCUCAUUCCAUGAUUUGCACAUCAUACCAUCCAGAUCUACCCAAGUACCACCCCUUUACUGGCUGGUUUCCCUGCAUCACCAGUGGAAAAAGGCCUCAGGAUGAAGGGAGUGAGCAGUUUGAAGAUAGCCUGGAAAAGGAGAAUGAAGUUUGGCUCGAAGUGUGUUUUAGUAGACCUGGAGUUGCCACAGCAGUUUUCAUUUUCUUGACAUCUGAUGGCCUGGGCCCUGGGAAGCAUCAGCGGCCAACAGUAACUCUGUACCUGACCGAUGUCAGUGGAAGCAACCACUCUCUUGGAACCCAUGAACUGUCAUGCCAGCAGAACCCACUGGUUAUCAACGUGACCCUUCAUGCAAAUGUCCUCUCCCACUGUACCACCUCUGUGCUGCUGAAUUUCUCAUCCCCUUUGGUGGGCAUCUCAGCAGUGGCUCUAAGGACAUCCUCCCACAUCAGUCCUUCAGCUCCCCAUAACUGCAUUGCAGAGCAUGAGAGGCAAAAUCAUCAGGGACAGAGCUGUGUCCACCGGCCUUGUGGGGAACAGGGCAGCUGUGUGCCAUUGCUGCUUGAUCACACGGACAUGGUGAACUGUACCUCUAGCAGCCCAGGUCACAUGAAGUGUGCUAUCACCUGUCAAAGGGGAUUUGCCCUUCAGACCAGCAGUGGGCAGUACCUCAGGCCUAUUCAGAAGGAGAUUCUGCUCACAUGUUCCGCUGGGCUCUGGGACCGGGAUGUGAGCUGCAUGCCUGUUGACUGUGGCAUCCCUGACCCAACUUUGGUGAACUAUGCAAACUUCUCCUGCUCAGAAGGCACCGACUUUCUAAAACGCUGCUCCAUCUCUUGUGUGCCACCAGCCAAGCUUCAAGGACUGAGCCCAUGGCUGACCUGCCUUGAAGACGGAAUGUGGUCUCUUCCUGAAGUCUACUGCAAGCUUGAAUGUGACACACCCCCUGCCAUUCCAAAUGCCAACUUGCUCCUACCUGACUGUGUCCAGGGAAGCCACGAUGUGGGCACCAUCUGCAGAUACGAAUGCCAGCCAGGCUACCAUGUGCUGGAGGGUACAGCGAGUACAGUCAGGAACAAGUUCCUGAAGAUACAGUGCCUGGAAGGUGGAAUCUGGGAGCAAGGCAGCUGUGUGCCAGUGGUGUGUGAGCCUCCUUCUCCUGUUUUUGAAGGCAUGUAUGAGUGUACCAACGGCUUCAAUUUGGACAGCCAGUGUGUGCUUAACUGUAAGCAGGAAAGUGAAAGGCUUCCCAUUGUCUGCAAUAAAGAGGGACUGUGGACUCGUGAAUUCAAGCUGUGUGAGAACCUGCAAGGGGAAUGCCCUCCACCUCCCUCAGAGCUGAAUUUCCUGGAGUACAAGUGUGAACAGGGAUACGGGAUUGGUGCAGUGUGUUUCCCGUCAUGUAUAAUACCCCCUAAUGAUCCCGUCAUGUUGCCAGAGAACAUCACUGCUGACAAGCUGGAGUACUGGAUGGAACCUGUCAAAGUCCAGAGCAUCGUGUGUACUGGCCAGCGUCAGUGGCAUCCAGACCCCCUUCUGAUCCACUGCAUCCAGUCAUGUGAGCCUUUCCAGGCAGAUGGCUGGUGUGACACUAUUAACAACCGCGCGUACUGCAGCUACGAUGGGGGAGACUGCUGCUCUUCCACGAGCUCCUCCAAGAAGGUAACUCCAUUUGCUGCUGACUGUGACCAGGAUGAAUGCACCUGCCGGGACCCUAAGGCAGAAGAAAAUCAGUAACUGUGGGCUGGGCUCCUCCCUCCUCUGCCCUGGAGGCAGUCCGAGAGAGAAGCUUCCAUGGAGGGAGACAGAGGGCGAAGAAAGAAGAAAGGUCAUGAAAUGCAGGAAGUAGAGAGUGUGAAGGAUCUUUUCAGAAAUGCGAGAGUAUAUUUUUAGAUGCCAACAAUUGCAUCCAGUCACUCAAAUAGGGAAGAAUGAUAGGCAAAAGCUUCUUUAAUGUGGCAGGUGAUGAACAGAGGAAGGAGAAAUGUGAUAGAUAAACAAGGACUCUCCAUCUAGAUUCUGCCCAGCCCCAUCCUUAACUCUCGUGCUACUCCCCAUUCUGUACCUUAUCAACUACUCAGCCUCAUCCAGUGUGUAAACCAUUAUCAAAAUACUAGAAGAGAAGUUUCCAGGGACAUUCUGUUAAUAACCAUUUCAAAUGAAUUGUCAUCUUUCAGGGCUUGUCUACUCUAAUCUGGCCCUUCCCCUUUCUUUUAUGUAGUCUCUCUUAAAUAAUGAGGUUAGUUAUUAAUUCUUUAUAAGUAUUUAAACAUAAUUAUAUAAAUAUAUUAUAUAUUAUAUUUUUUGCUGUUUAUUAAGCUAAAAAUUAUCCAUUGUUCCACACAUGCUGCUGUGAAGUUCAUGUCCAAAAUGGAUGCUAAGGCUUUGAGAACAGAAAGCCAAGUUCUUCUGCCAUCUUUCUAUGAAUAAGGAUUGGCAGGCUGAAUGGGAAUGGAGAAAGAGCCAGGAAGAGAGAAGGUGGAAUUCUGGGUGCUAACAUGUCCACCAAUUAUCUUUAUGACGUGGGGACCAGGGCCACUCGAAGGAGAUGGCAGUUGGAAUGAUAAUACCAAGAAACACAGAAAGCUUGCUGUUAGUGCCCAUGGCUAAUGGGUCCAGAAAAACUAGACAGUGAUUUUUUAAUAUCCAUCAAAAGAAUUUAUUAGCUUCUCCAUACUUCUCAGAACUCUCAGUUAGAGUUAGUGAGACCCAGUAUUUCUUCCACUCCCAUCUGUACCUAUCCCAAGCAUGGCUGUCAGCCCCUCAGUCAUUCAACAAGUUUGCAUGAGGAUUCAUCUUCUGAGUACCUGUAUCAUGGGGGCUAACAUAUUCUUCACAGUUGGGCUGUGGUCUCUGGCCAUCAGUCACAACCACAUCUCCAGUUGUUUAUUUUCUGGGGAAUAAUGUUUUGGAAAUGAUACAGGAGAAGGUGAGAGGAGAUGAAAGAAUAAGCAGGAUGGAGCAGCCAAAAGAGGUCACAGAGAGGUACGGUUCAGGGAUAAAUCACGGCUGAGAAAGAGGAUAGCAUGAGUCCAGGAGGUUCAAGUCCAAGUCUCCAAAGAAGACCAAAGUGGAUCCUUUGAGCAAUGCAACAUCUGAGUUGAAUUCUAUGCAAGAGUAAUGCAUACAAUCUGACCCAGAUUGUUCACUUUGGGCAAGCUAUGGCAACACAUGGAGCAAGGGUGACACUCUGUGGGAAGAGAGAAGAAUUUCAACUGUUUAGGAUCCAUCUUGUUAUCUUUACCCUCUCUUGUUCAGGAGAUGGACUGCACAUGAAAUGACCACAUUAACCCCGCCUCUCUUUACGUCCUACGCCUGUUUUUAUUUUUUGCAUGAGGUCUUAUUGUAGUUUUCCUAUAAGUUUCUGGAUUAGGCCUUAGGUGAAAAAAGAAAGGAUCCAAUUUUUUUUGAUGCCCUGUCUGAUCAUCUUAUGAAGGGCCAACAAGCCUCAUUUUCUUCAAAGUUAAUUCUCCAAUUGAAAACAAGAGCAGGAAAAACAGAGCUCAGCUGCACACUGUCCAUGUCAUCUGCUCUUUGCUCUGACUAUUUUUUCUACUCUUCCCUUCAACAUGGAAGCAAGAAGGAAAACAAAAUGUUAUUCAUUCCCAACAAAAUAGUACCCACACUAUUAUGUAGGAAAAACAUUAUUCUAGAAUUAAAUUACAAACAUAUGGUUCAUACACCUUUUUAUCUGUACUUGGAAUGAGGACAGCAAAGUCACUGGGUGGGGAAAGAGCAGAGCAGAGUUUGCCCAACUGAAAUUUCUUACCCUCUAUAUGGUCUGGUCGUAGGGGAAACUAUAGCCUAAAUAACAUUCAUUGUCUGGGUCACAUUUACUGGCCCUAGGACAGACAAGAAACAUUUAUUUAUGGGAACCUACUAGGACUUAAAAUGGAAAGGACAGUGGAAAAGUUUAGAUUCUCUAUUUUUUCAAAAAACAAAGAUGAAAAAACACAUUGUAAAAUUGUUUUCUUGGGGAACAGAUCCAAAUUCCUGGGCAUGUUUCAAGCUCUGCCUUGGGCAAUCCUGCCCCCAAUUGAGGGAGAAGAAGAGCUAUCCUAGACAUUGCCCAGCUCAGGAAGCUGCAGCCUCCACAGAACAUGGAACCAGCGGUUGAUGCCCAUGUGUGUCUCUCUGUUCAGUCUCUCCAUAAGAGUAAUAAUGACCACAUUCCUGAGUCAUAUUUCAUUUUAAAAUAUUUUUCACUCUAUUAACAACAUGUGCAGUUCACAACUACCCAGGAAAAGGUGAGAGGGCAGUUCUUGUUGUGUGGGGAAAGCCCAUUAGGCUGAGAGCCACCCAGCUGUAGUCAGCUGUGGACAUUUGUAGGUGCCAUGUUCUUCCAGUCCUUGUCCCCAAUUCCUAGUGUUGUGAGGAACUCAAGUUACUCACAAAGUCAAAGGAGUAAGACACUGUGGUCACAGAUUCCAAAGGCAGCAGCUCACACUUGUUCCAUGUGGUGAUUUGCAUUCUCCUGCUCUUUCCCACUCAUGGAGUCAGUGAGGGCCUUUCCCAGGGGCUCCUCUGUCUGUCUCUUCAUUCCCAACCACUUUUGUCUCUUCUUUUUCCUGAUAAGUAGGGGCUCUGGUGUUCAUGUUGCCUGGGUGUGGCUGACCCUACUGACUGGCAUGACAGCCUCCAAAGAGAUACAGAAGAGGGGUCUCCAUGAGGAGAACGGGUAGAUACCGGCAAAAAAAGGAAAGAAGUAAAAAGCUGUGUUUUGGUCGUCUCCUUCCCUUUUCUCCAUCACAAGCAUCGGACUUGGCACUUCUGUUCUGUGUGAUCAUAUUGAGUGUGUCAGUGAGCACCCCAGGGGAUAGUUUGAUUGGAAAUAUAGUGAAAGGAGCUGAUCUACUGUAUUGUAACGUAAAACAGCUAUAGCCAGUUAUUUUGUAAGAUUAUAAGAUGUUCAUUAAAAAAAUCAGCACACAAAA